AUGGAGAAGCCCGUAGCAAAUGGACACCGUGAAAGGGGGAAAAAGAAAAGAAAGUGGCCAUGCAUAAGAACAGGGAAUCAUACUCUGGGAGAGGAACGACCAGAGAGAGGGAUACAGAGAGGCAGAGAGAGGCAGACGCAGAGAGGCAGAGGCCAAGGGAAGAAGCAGGAGGGAAAAAAAAAAAAAAAAAAAAAGCAAGCAGGGAAGAGGGCCAGCAAAAGAAAAGAGAGAGAGAGAGAGAGAGAAGAAGCAGAAGAAGAAGAAAAAGAAAGCAAGGAGACCGAGUGGGAGAGACGCUUUGCAAAAGAAAAAUAUCCAAUCGGGAAAGUAGAUCAAAAAUGCAAAUAA